ACCCUCGAGGCCUGUCAGGUCCUGUGAGGAGAGAAGAUGGAGUUAACAGAAGGAAAAAUAGCCAAAAGCUUUGCCUCAGUCGAGACUGGGGAGGGGAGGUCUCCAGAGGAGAGGCGGAGCAAAAUUGGCUGACUAGUCUACGGGCAGAAGACGAGGAAAACCCAUUGGUGGAUUCUCCAUCGUCAUGCUGAGAAAAGGCAUUCAGUGGAUGUGAAAUCAGAAAAUCCUCUUGGAUUAGAACAAGUCAGACCAUUAGAUUUGCGAACCGAUAUCAGGAUGAUGGCACCCAUGAUGGAUCCCUUGAUGCAGGAAAAGCAAUUACAACAGGAAUUAAUCCUGAUUCAACAUCAGCAGCAGAUUCAGAAACAGCUUUUGAUAGCAGAAUUUCAGAAACAGCAUGAGAACCUGACACGACAGCACCAAGCACAGAUUCAAGAGCACAUAAAGUUACAAAAGGAACUCUUAGCCAUUAAGCAUCAACAGGAACUUCUUGAAAAAGAACAGAAACUUGAACAGCAGAGGCAAGAACAGGAAUUAGAGAGACAUCGCAGGGAGCAACGUCCACUAAUCAAAAGCCGAGAAAGAAGCCGAGAAAGAGCAGUUGCCAGUCCUGAAGUGAAGCAGAAACUUCAAGAGUUCCUGCUAAGUAAAUCAGUAGCAAAAGACUCGCUCUCUAAUGGAAAGAAUCAUUCCACUAGCCGGCGCCCCAAGCUCUGGCACACGGCUGCCCAUCAUACCUCAUUGGAUCAAGCUUCUCCUCCCCUUUGUGGGACAUCUCCUUCAUAUAAAUACACAUUGCCAGGGGCAAAAGAUGUCAAAGAUGACUUUCCACUCCGCAAAACUGCCUCUGAACCCAAUUUGAAAGUUCGCUCCAAGUUAAAACAAAAAGUAACAGAAAGAAGAAGAAGCCCUUUACUCAGAAGGAAGGAUGGAACAGUGGUCUGCUCAUUCAAGAAAAGAUUAUUUGAGAUGACAGAACCAUCAGUUGGUAGCAGUUCUCCAGGAUCAGGUCCUAGUUCACCAUGUAAUGGUCCUACAAGAAAUACAGAAAAUGAAACAUCAGUAUUGCCAUUGAAUUCCCAAGCUGAGGAUAUGGUUCCACAACAUUGCAUUCUCAUCAAUGAAGAAUCAAUGAACCUUCUGAAUAUCUAUGCAUCUCCUUCUUUACCUAACAUCACUUUAGGACUCCCAGCAGUACAACCAGCACUCACAGUGCCGUCACCAUUUGCAGAAAAACAAAAGAAUGAAAUGCAGUUAAUCAAGCAAGGAGUGGCCAUGUCUAGUCAGCCCAGGGGGACUAUCAGUUCACUUUCAAGUCCUCAGCCCAUUGUUCCAGAGGGAAAACCAAACUAUAGCCAUCAGGCUAUCUUGCAACAUUUGUUAUUGAAGGAGAAAAUGAGGCAGCAAAAACUUCUACCCAUAGGUACAGGGCCUCUUCAUCCACAGUCACCAUUGGCAACAAACGAAAGAAUCUCACCUAGCCUAAGAGCUGCACAUAAGUUACCUCGACACAGGCCACUAAACAGAACUCAGUCUGCUCCCCUCCCCCAAAGCACUUUGGCUCAACUUGUCAUUCAACAUCAGCAUCAGCAGUUUCUGGAGAAGCAGAAACAGUAUCAGCAGCAAAUUCACAUGAACAAAAUACUUUCUAAGUCCAUAGAACAAUUAAAACAACCUGGCAGUUUGGAAGAAGCUGAGGAAGAACUGCAAGGAGAGCAUUUGAUGCAGGAAGAAGGAACUGCCCCUGUUGAUGUCAGCAUUAGGGAUGACAGCAGUAACAUUUCUUUGCACAAGUUGGGACAAUCUUUUGGAGCUGUGAAGGUGAAAAAGGAACCAAAGGACAGUGAUGACGAUAUUCAAAAUCAGCAAAUGGAAUCUGGGGAGCAGUCUGCUUUUAUGCAACAGCAGGUCCUGAAGCAACAGCAGUUACAGCAAUUGCAAGUGUACCAGGGUCAGAUGGCUGCAAUUGGCAUGGUGCAUUUAGAUGAGCACCAGCCUAGUGCCAGGACACAGACUUCCUUGACAACUUGUGUAUUAUCUCACCCAACCGUGGAUCAGCCUAUUCAACAAACCUCCAUAACAGGUGUUGCAUAUGACACACUAAUGUUGAAGCACCAGUGUUUAUGUGGCAAUUAUACGAACCACCCUGAGCAUGCUGGAAGAAUACAAAGCAUUUGGUCAAGAUUGCAGGAAUGUGGGCUGCUAAACAAGUGUGAGCGGAUUCAAGGUCGAAAAGCCAGUUUGGAAGAAAUACAGCUGGUUCACUCCGAACAUCAUUCACUGCUCUAUGGCACCAGUCCCCUGAACAGACAGAAGCUGGACCCCAGGAAAAUCCUAGGCAGUACAUCUCACAAGUCUUUUUCAUUGCUGCCCUGUGGGGGUCUUGGUGUGGACAGUGACACCAUUUGGAAUGAGCUGCAUUCGUCCGGUGCUGCACGCAUGGCUGUUGGCUGUGUCAUCGAAUUGGCUUCCAAAGUAGUCUCAGGAGAGCUGAAGAACGGUUUUGCUAUUGUGAGGCCCCCAGGCCAUCAUGCUGAAGAAUCAACAGCCAUGGGGUUCUGCUUUUUUAAUUCGGUUGCAAUUACAGCCAAAUACUUGCGAGACAAGCUAAAUAUAGGCAAGAUAUUGAUUGUAGAUCUGGAUGUUCACCAUGGCAACGGUACACAGCAGGCUUUUUAUUCUGACCCCAGCAUCCUGUAUGUCUCUCUGCAUCGCUAUGAUGAAGGCAACUUCUUCCCUGGCAGCGGAGCCCCAAAUGAGGUUGGAAGUGGCCCUGGUGAAGGUUAUAAUAUAAAUAUUGCUUGGACAGGUGGCCUAGAUCCCCCCAUGGGAGAUGUGGAGUACCUCACAGCAUUCAGGACAGUGAUUAUGCCAAUCACUUCUGAGUUCAACCCUGACUUUGUAUUAGUAUCAGCUGGCUUUGACGCUGUGGAAGGACAUGAACCUCCUCUGGGCGGGUACAAAGUGACAGCUAAAUGUUUUGGUCACUUCAUCAAACAGUUGCUGACACUGGCAGGUGGUCGCAUGGUGCUAGCCCUGGAGGGAGGACAUGAUCUUACUGCCAUCUGUGAUGCAUCAGAAGCUUGUUUAAAUGUUUUACUAGGAAACGAGUUGGAACCCAUCUCUGAAGACAUCCUUCAUCAAACACCUAAUGUGAAUGCAAUAGUUUCUUUGCAAAAAUCUACUGCAAUUCAUAAGCUGCUGGCGAGCCUAUGGAAGAAGAGUCAGCCUUGUGAAGUGCCAAGUCCUCCCCUGACAUUUCCUGUGUGUGACAUCAUUGUGUAUUCCCCCCCCCCCAAAAAAAGCACCCUUAGACAUGUCUUGUCUGCUGCUUGGGUGGCAGAGAUCAGUUGGAACAUAAACAUUGGGCACAGAGUUCUGAACAGCAGCCUCACUUGUUCGUGGGAGAGACUUAAAAGAGCCUAAGACUCCUUCACUGUAACCACUAGAAUUUUAACAGUAGAGUAAACCAGACUUGGAAGGAAAGGCAGAAUCUUGUGCCGAAUUUUAUAUGCUCUCUGAUCCACUCUCCAAAUUCAGUGGUAGAAUAGAAACGUUAAAGUCAUUCUGCAUUUUUGUCUAUGAUUGUCUAUGAAAAUCGAAACAGCCUGUGAAGCCGCUAGGGAAAAAACUAGGCAGAAUCACAAAUCUCCCUCCUGCUUCUGACGUGUUAAAAUAAUUUUACAGGGACUUUUCCUCUCUCUGAUUAGGUGAAAUGGUUCAUAUGAUUAAUUGGAUAUAAUGAAAUUACGAAUUGUUCUUCUGUAAUGCCACUCUAAAGGUACUAGACCAAUUUCAUGAGAGAAGCACUAAUUUCCAAAGGGAAACUGGGUAGCAAAGGAGGCCCAAUCCGCUCUUUUUCAGCUAUCCCAAAUGCAAGUAUGUUAAAUGGGUCUCUUUAGCUUUCUGUUAUUGAUGGUGAUUGUGUUUGUAUUUCUGUUGUUAAUGAUAAUUAGAAGCCCGUGAACAAAAUUUGCUUGGCAAGGAGAGACUGAUGUUUUGUCUUUGGCAAAAUGUUGCACAGAUUACAGAUGGUAUUAGCAAAAUGUAUAAUUGAUUGUAAAUUGAUUUAAACUGAUUUCAAAACUGAUUCAGCUUUCAGAAAUCAACAGUUUUUCCCUAUCUGACUUAAUCUUGUUUCAGACCAAUCCUGUGCUACACUUUUAAGAGAGAUAAGCAAAAGGGACCUUCCUGAGGUUUGCUGGAAAAUCUAGUACUUUUGCAGAUUAUUUUUUCUUUUGGAGUUGGCAUGUCAGUUGUUCUCUUCCACUGAAUCCCAUUGAAGCUUGGAACUCGGUAGCAAGUUUCCAAGAGGUAUCUCCUGUUAUUUAUUUUCUUCUCUGAUGAAUAGCAAGAUUAUGCCACAAGUCCAUGUGGAUUCAUGAGUAUUACUGAAGAGCUGUGCCUUUUGCUGAUAAUGCUAAAACUCUUACACGUGUUGCCUUAUUGUCACAGAAAAGGAAAGGAUCUGUAGUGUUCUUUGGGGGUUUGCAAAUAGUGAUAGAAAAGUUAUCUCACUAAAAUCUUUCUCUCAGACAUACAUAAAUGCAUACAUAUACAUAGACAUACACAUGUGUAUAUAGAAAUCUAUACAUACCAGAAAAUUAUGCAUUAUUUUCUGUUCACCAUUAUAUUUUACACUAUCUGAUACCUGACAUUCCUUUGAUCGACAAGCAAAAUAUUCUUUUAUACAUUUUCCAAGCUCGAAGAAGAUAUUAAAGCCAUAAGUGAACACUGUCAUGCUUUUUAUUCAAAAAUCUGAAAGAGACUUUAAUUAAAACAAGAUUCCGGGAAAGCCAGAAUAUGAAAGUUAUAAAACAGUGUGGUUUCAAUUAUAGCAGAUGCAAACCUGUAAAUCAAAGAUGAAAGAUUUCACUCAAAUAGAAUUAUAUAAUUUUCUUUUGUUAUACAGAUGGAUUUCCCCCCCCCAAUGUGUUUUAGUUUGUUUACAAUUAAUAUUUUAAUGUGAACAACUUUUUACUAUUCAUAUGGAAAUUGUCUGUUAUAAUUUGGAAAUUUGAAUAAUGUUUCAAGUAGGAAGCUGUGGGAGAAAUUCACUAGAUUAAUUAUCAAAUUAUAUUUUGUUAUGGAAGUGAUACAUAAGAUAGACACCUACUAUUAAUUAUUGAAAAGAUAAUUUAUCACUCAUUUCCUGUUUUCAUGAUUAAUAAUGUUCUGAAGACAUUAAACUGUCCAAGUGUGAAUACUGAAUUUUGUCCUUUGAUGAAAAUAAGAUUACAUAUGUGGAAAAUGUGCCUAUCUAAUAGUUAACCCAUUAAUUAUGCUUCAUGAAAAAAAUAAGUAACUGCAUUUGAAGUUGUUUAUUAUGUCACUUUUAUGAUUUUUCAUAUCAUAUUUUAAAUGGGAGUACUAGAAAUGACCAACUUUCUAAUAUUAACAUUGUGUUUCAAUUUGAACACUGUGUAAAAAUUAACAAAUAGAAGAAUGAGCAAUCAAGAUUUGGUUGAUUUCUUUCUGAAUUUAUAAUGAGAAAAAAAACCUAUCACAUUUAAACUGAAUAUAGAUAGUUUCCAAAUCUGAACCUGAAAGUUUGCACAGCAUUAUUUGGAAUUAUGCCCUAUUAAGCUCAGUAGAUAUUUCUUUUGAACAAACAUGCAUGGUUUCUGAUUCAAAAUUAAAUUUAUCUUUUAAUUUAUUGAAAGAUUUAUUGAUA